AUGGGACUGUGGGCUCGUUGGAGAACACGGGGCCGCUCUUUCAUUGCAACUCCCAGAGCAGCCAGUCGCUCAGGUUGGCCCCUGUGGAGGAAAUGCUGCGUCUGCGUCCUGGAACGGACGCGCUCCCCCGCGUGCCUGCUCACUGUCGGUGUGGUGCUCCUCCUGGGAGUCUGCAUCCACCUCCUGCCGGAGCAGAUCGCUGCGCAGCCGUCCCCCACAGAGGAGGUGAGCGAGGUGACGCUUCUGAUCUGGAAUCACCCGUUCGGGGAAUAUCGGCAGCUUCCGGAUUGUCUGGAGCUGUUGCACAUCAAGGGGUGCACGCUCACGGACGAUGCGCGGGCGUAUCCGUACGCCGACGCCGUGCUCGUCCAUCACCGAGAGGUGGCCACAGGUGAGACGGAUCUUCCAGCGGCGCCGCGGCCCCCUCAGCAGAAGUGGAUCUGGAUGAACUACGAGUCUCCCACGCACACGUACGGACUGUGGCAGCUCGAGGGCGUGUUUAACCUCACGAUGAGCUACCGAACAGACUCUGACAUCUUUUUGCCGUACGGCUAUCUGGCCCCCAGGGGUCUACAGGUACCUAAUGCGCAGCCGCUCUCCCGGUCUUUGCGCACCACCCGCUCCGGCCGCGGCCUAGUGUCAUGGGUGAUUAGCAACUGGUCGGAGACCCACGCACGCGUGGCUUUCUACUACAAACUUCGCCGGUAUAUCCCGAUCGACGUGUUCGGCAGCGCAGGCCGGCCGCUGCCGAAAGGCUCCAACAGCGUGGUGCAGCUGCUGCGCGGCUACAUGUUCUACCUGGCCAUGGAAAACUCCCAGCACACCGAUUACAUCACGGAGAAGCUGUGGAACGCCGUGGCGGCCGGUACCGUCCCGGUGGUGCUGGGUCCGUCCAGGAAGAACUAUGAACGCUUCCUGCCCCCGCAUGCGUUCAUCCACGUGGAGGACUUCCCCACAGCGCGGCACCUGGCCCGCUACCUGCUGAUGCUCAGCCGCAACCCCCUCCAAAUGAAGCGGCACCUGAGCUGGAGGGGGGAUUACAGCCUGCACCAGCCGACCUUCUGGGAAGAACACUACUGUACUGCAUGUAGGGCGGUGAGGAAGAGGAGAGGGCGAACCGAUGAGGUGGCAGACCUCACAGAAUGGUUCCUCUCCUAA